GCCGGAAGUGAUCGACGCCAAAGGAGGCGCGGGGACGGCAGGAGCCGAUGGAGCUGUGCCGCCGGGAGGCUCGUCCGUCCGCCUGACCCGCCGUCAGAGUCCCGCUGAGCAUUCGUCACAGCCAUAAAUGUUGCUGUCGGUCUGUGUGUUGUGAAGGGCGGAGAGAUGCAGGUCUCCUGGGAAUCCAGACCCGCUGAGUGAUGAGAGAUCCGCUCCCGGCAAGCUGCUCACCGACUUCCAGCUCGCCAUGGCGGCGGACUUGCAAGCCAAGUAUCAGAAACUCGCUCAGGAAUACUCCAAGCUUCGGGCUCAGAACCAAGUACUAAAGAAAGCUGUUGUGGAUGAACAGGCCAAUGGUACAUCGCUAAAGGAGGAAUUGAAGAUGAAGGACCAAAGUGUUAGAAAGUUGCAGCAGGAAAUGGACAGUUUGACAUUCCGCAAUCAGCAGCUGGCAAAGCGCGUUGAACUACUUCAGGAGGAGCUGGUGAACAGCGAGACCAAGGGCAAAAAAAACAAGAAGAGUAAUGACUCUCCAUCACAAUUGAGGCAGCAGCGACAGAGUGUGUUUGAUGAAGAUCUACAGAACAAGAUUGAGGAAAACGAACGACUGCACAAACAGGUGCACGAGGCCCACGAGCAACAUGGACAAAUCGAGACUGAUCUUCGAGGGCGGUUAGCCGUGUUGGAGAAAGAAACCGCGCAGCAUCAAGCUGUAGUUGAAGGCUUGAACCAGAAAUAUAUGGAUAUGAUCGAGAAGCUCCAGAACGACAAAGCCAAUCUGGAGGUGAAGUCCCAGUCGUUGGAGAGAGAGGCAAAGGAAUGUAGGCUGAGGGCCGAGGAAUGUCAGCAACAGCUGAAGAAUACAUACGACGAUCUGAGCAGUCGAUUGGACCAGUCGGCCAGUGUCAUUCAAGAAAAAGUAUCGUUCAAUGACACGAGGUUUACUCAGUACAACACUCUGAAUGUACCGGUCCAUGAUCGGAGACAUCAGCUGAAAGCUCGGGAUGUUGCCAGCCAGGCGCUGGCUUUUCUUCGCGACCUGGUAGGAGCGUUGUUGAAUCUGCAUACGUAUAUGGAACAGAGGGUUCAGAUCUACCCCAUUGAUUCUGCGACAGAUACUGUAUCUUCACUGAACCAGAAGUUUUCCGAGUAUCUCCAUGAGAACGCCUCUUACGUUCGCCCUCUGGAGGACGGAAUGUUACAUCUGUACGAGAGCAUCACUGAGGAAACUGUUACCUCUCUGGAAACUGCUGUGAAACUCAAACCGUUUUCUGAAAACCUUAACGCUUAUGUGUGCUUUCUGAAGAAGAUUCUGCCCUAUCAGUUGAAAAGUUUAGAGGAGGAAUGUGAGUCUCCUCUCUGCACAGCUCAUUUACAAGCCAGAAACCUGGAGCUACAAUCUGAUAUGAAACAGCUGACUGCUGUCUUUGAGAAGCUGCAGGUUUAUAUCAGCCUCCUGGCUUUACCAAGCACAAAACCUGAAAUGCUUCUUCAGACCAACCACAACAUUGUUUUCACACAGCUUGCUGCUUGUCUUCAUUCACUACACGAUGUCACAAAAGAUAUUUUGAAGCAUUACAAUCAGAAGGCUUCAUUGGAACAGGAGCUCCCCACAGUAACACAGAAGCUUAAAACGACUAACGACUGCAUCCUGUCUUCCAUUGUGGCAUUGUCAAAUGUUUCAGGAAAGAUUGGAACAUACUUCAGCAACAACCUAGACUUCUUCACUUCUCCCUCGGUGUACAGUUCAAAAGGAGGAAUGGGGGUUAUACACCCCCUUUCUGCAGAGUGCAUGCUGGAGAAUAAGAAGAAAGCACACGCUUAUAUUCAGUCUCUGAAGAAGCCUUGUCCAGAAUCAGUGCCUUACAAAGAAGCUUUGGUAAAUCGCAAGGUCCUUCUGAGCUCUACCGAAAGCCGAGAAGGUCUUUCGCAGCAGGUCAUACAAAGCCAAGAGAAGAUAGCAAAGUUGGAACAAGAGAAGGAGCAUUGGAUGCUGGAGACCCAACUGGCCAAAAUAAAACUGGAAAAAGAGAAUCAGAGAAUAGCAGACUUGGAAGUUCAGCUUAAAACCACUUUCCCUGGACACAUGCCAUUGGUUGACUCGAACCAGGAGGAAGAUUCUGCACUCAACUUAGAAACCGGUGCCCUUGUUGAACAGGAAUCCAGAAAACCAGUUACAAGCACAAGUCUGGUUGGAAAUAUGACUACUUCCACCAGCACUGAUGAGAUUCUACACGAGGACUCCCGAGAAUACCUGAUCAAAAGUCACUACAUGACCAGAGUCGCAGAGCUCACCUCACAGCUUCAGGUGGCAGAUAGCAAGUCUGUCCAUUUUUAUUCAGAGUGCCGAGCCCUUGCUAAGCGGUUAACACUGGGAGAGAAGUCCAGGGAAACGCUCUCAGAGGAAGUUAAAGUGGCCACUCAGAAUGUUGUGCGAUUGCAGGAUGAGCUAACCACAACCAAAAGGAGCUAUGAGGAUCAGCUGAGCAUGAUGAGCGACCACCUCUGUCGUAUGAAUGAAACCUUGUCAAAACAAAGGGAAGAAAUCGAUACUCUUCGUAUGGGCAAUAAGGGUAACCUGAAGAAAAACAAGAGCCGUUAGCGCCUGAGGUCACUAUACAAACGUGGAGCUGUAAACUGAAGAUGCAUUGGCUAUAGGGACAUUUGAUGCCAAAUGAAGAUGCAGUCACAUUUUCUUGCAGAAGACAUUUGUUGGCAAUGGUGGGGUGUACCUGUUAUAGAGCCAGGGAAUCAAAGCUAUGCCUAACUUAAAAGGGAUCUUUUAAUAUAUAUAUAUAAUAUAUAGAAUAUAUUAUAUAUAUAUAUUUCUCUAGAGAUUUAGGAAUACAAUGGGGGAAAAAGUAUUCGCACUUGAGAGUAAACUCCACGAAUAAUGUGCUUAUGAAAUUCCUGUUCAAUAAAACAGAUGAUUUGUAAUGACAACUUUUUAAUCUGACAUUUUGCUUCAUUAUGUAUUGCCAUAAUGGAGGGGGGGGUUUGUACACUGAAUUAUGUGGCAGAGCAUAUCGUCUGGUGUAACUGUCUUCUGAAUUUGCAGCAUCUUGUGAGAAUUAAUUGCGUCGAUUCUUGUUGAAAACACGGAGCACAAAUCUAAUUUUUCCGAACUCCAUCCUAGUUUUGCAGUGUUUGGACCACUGUUAGUGAUGAGAUGCACCUUCCUUUCCUUCUUCCCUGCAGACCUGAAAUGUGAAACAGUUCACUGCAUUGAAUGUUAAUGGCGCGGUGGGUGGGGAGGGAAUUCAUAAAUGAGUAUAUCACGUGCACGAAAACUUGUUGUCUCAUUUAAAGGAGGUGCAUUUGUGAAGCUACAAAGCCAACUGUGGAGUAGAUUACUUAAUCGCUGUGGGUAUUCAAUGGCUUUGUUGAGAACGUGGACAAUUUCGUAAUCUACCUAUACAUUAAAUAAUACAACGUUAAAAAAAAA